AUGCUACGGUCCAAUUUCAGAAGCAUUUCAAGGACGAGAACUUUUUUCAGACAAAAAGGUAGCCUCGGAGCUUCCUUCUCCAGACAAGAUUUUGACCAUGCAGGAUUCGACCUUGACCAUGAGGCUCCGAAAUACUCUAGCGACACACAUCAAUUUGGUCAAGUUGUAGAGAAUAUUACGCCUGAGAUCAAAAUGGAUGUGGUCUCAAGAGAAGAUAUGCUACGCCAGCAGCCGCAAAGUCCAUAUCGUGACAGCUCGGGAGAACUUAUACAGGGUAAAAACGCCAAAGAAUCCAGACUAUUACCUGAGACUUUGCUUGGUCGUGCUCCAAGAGACCAGAUCGAGCUCAACACCAAAGUAGCAGACGCUAUUAGGAAGAAUAUAUUGAGUUUGCAUAUACCGAGCAAUUUGAGACGUUCUGCAGGAAAUAAAUUCGUGGAGCUAAAGCAAAGCAGGCUCCAUCGAGCUACAAAAACAAGCAUGGAGGUGGACUCUCACAUUGCGUCUAUUUUUUUACAAAAUUAUGCAUCAAUAUUCCAAAGCUUAAGCGAGCUUAAGAAAAGGCUUCGUGAUGACUUCAAACCCGACAAAGUUUUAGACGUAGGAUACGGUCCUGCUACUGGGAUGGUGGCGCUUAAUGAUCUUUUGGGAGCUGAAUUUCGCCCAAGCGUGAAGGAUGCUGUUAUCUUUGGCCAUUCUGAAAUGAAGAAAAGGGCCAAAAUUAUGUUGAGUCGACAGCUUAAUGAAGUAUCGCAUCUUAUCUCAGAACAAGAAACUCGGUCGGAGCAUACGAUUGAUGGCGAUGAAGAUGACCUGGUAGGUGAGGUAAUGAUCAAAAAAAUACGCACCCAUACCACAUUGAGAGAUGAGAUCCCCGUAGCUAAGAGGUACGAUCUUAUUAUAUUAACACAUCAACUCUUGCAGACAGAGGAGAAAUUUCCCUAUGAGGUUGACACUAAUAUUGAGCUGUUUCUCAAGCUUCUGGCACCAGGUGGUCACAUAGUUCUGAUAGAGCGAGGAAAUCCUAUGGGGUUUGAAAUCAUAGCGAGAGCUCGCCAAGUGGCCGUUCGCCCGGAAAACUUCUUAAAUGAACAUGGGAAAAUUCCAAGACCGUGGGGAAGAGGGUUUCAUAGUGCCAACCCUGAUAUCGAAAGAAAAUGGGAAGGGAUUGAUUCGAAAGAUUCAAAGUUUGAGGAAGAAAUUGAAAAACAAGCAACUUCUUCGGGAAAGGAAGAAAGUUACCAUCUUAAGAUUAUUGCACCCUGUCCACACCAACGUAAAUGCCCUCUUCAAAUCGGUAAACCGCAGUACUAUGAGUACGGGGAAGGAAAGAAUCUCAACUUUUGUAACUUCCAGAAAUCUGUUCUGAGACCACGCUACUCCAUAGAAUUGAAGAAAGGCAAAAUUCUAGCGACUCCUUGGGAGAAUAAUCAUGAACCAAUAGGAAUUAAAGGUUUAGCCAAAAAGGGCACUGGGAGACCCAACGGUAGGAAUUUUGAAAUUUUGAACUACAGCUACUUGAUUAUGGAGAGAUCACAUACAGACUCAAAGACAGUUGAGUUGAUACACAAACAACGAGAGGAGCAGAAUUUGAGUUAUGACGUUGGAUCGUUGGGAAAUAACACACCCGAUACAUGGCCCCGAAUAAUCAGACAGCCAAUAAAGCGGAAAGGGCAUGUGGUAAUGGAUCUGUGCGGGUCAUCUGGAUUAGUUGAAAAGUGGACAGUGCCAAAGUCUUUCUCUAAGGAAAUAUAUCACGAUGCGAGGAAGGCCAUGAAAGGAGAUUUGUGGGCCCUGGAUGCUAAGACCAAAGCGGUGGCAAUGAGUGGGCUGAAUGUCAAGAAGCUGGAGCAGGUCGAGCAACAAAAAUUGCGUGAAGCGAGAAGGUUAGCGAAGCGGAGGGAAAGGGAACUGGAUGAAGCUGUUAACGCAGUGGACUAUGGAGACUCCCCACUGUCAACUGAAGAGAGUGUGGGUGUUUUGGCCACAAUGUAUGGCGACCAGUUCAAUAAGAAUUGGAAAUAG